ACUGACACAGCCGUUUCUUUUGCCCGUUAUUUUGGCUCACGCAGCUUUUUUUUUUUUGCAAAAAAACCCCGCGGCGAGGAGAGAGCGCCUGCCGUAGUCUCGUUCGUCGACGGAUCGCGUGCGUGCUCCAACGCCAAUCAACGAGCAGCGCGAGCGUUGUAGAAAGCGAUGCGGCUCGGCGACGGCGGCGCGGAUCCGCUGCGCGCUCUCGCGGAUUUCGGUUGCCACCAAGGUUCGCGCCUUCUCACGUCCCCAAUCUUGACAUCUCCCCCAUCCAGAUCGAGCUCCAUGAGGAAGGUGGCGGCGGCUCACAUGAGGGAGGAGGAGAAUCAGGCGGCGCGGCGGCAGUGGAGCGGAGGGGCCGCCGUGAAGGAAGUCAAAGGAGUCUGCAUCGGUUGCACGCGUCGGCAGCAUGGCGCAAAAGGAAGGCGACGGCGCAGAUGGGGGAAGGGAGAUGCGGCGGCGCCAGAGCACAACGGCUCUCCCUGUGCGGCAUCUGUGCCGAAGCUGGAGUGAAGAGCGCAGUUGGGCCUGGCGCAGCUCCUUCACCAGCGUCCAUGUAUGAAUUUGUUUUUACUAUGCACUCGGAUUGCUUGCUGCAGUUGUUUUGCUCUCUCAGUUGUCGGCAUACCAAAUCAUUAAAAUUUAGCAAGUAAAUGUAUCUCUAUUAAGCAAAGUGGUAUGUUAUGUUUAUCUGUGCUUAAAAACCUGCUCAAUAUAUUUCUCUCUUUCUUGGAUUGCCAUUUGCUUAAUGCCACAUUUUCUGAUCAUUAUAUAGUAUGUAUACAUAAUAUUUGAUCACUAGUUCUGAUUCUAUGUGUAUAGACCACACCUAGUUCUACAACAUGAGUGGUGUACAGAACAUUUUGAAAUCUGCAUAUUGUCUGAACUGAUACAAGAACCAUACUGAUCAGUAAAGUUUUUACAAGAAGAAAUUACAUCUUUCACAGUUAAGCUUUGAAAUGACAUCUUUGAAAAGGUUUUCCAAGAAGAAAUUGUUUCCCGAAUUUACUUAAGGUAAGCUGUCAAAGUGACAAGUGAUAGCGUCAUUAAUUUCUGAAUUUACUUAAUGUAAGUUGUCAAGUGAUCAUGCACUAAAAACAGAUGUGAUGGUGAGCUCACUCCGGACUGUAGGUGUGCUUUACAUUGACAGUCUUGGCGAUGUUCAUCUUCCGAAGGAGAUUGGACUGAUGAGAUAUUUGAGGUAUCUUGGCCUCGGAGGCAAAGGGCGCUAUUAUCUCCCUUCAUCAAUUGGGGACCUCCUGAGCCUCGAGACAUUUCAUGCUACAGGAUUACUAAUGUAUAUCCCUAAUUCCCUGUGGAAGAUCCAGACACUGAGCAGUGUGUAUGCUAGCCAAGUUCAUUACAUGGCAGGGCCACAGAUCCGUUGGAAUUCUAAGCUGGAGGUGAUGGUAGCCCGACAUACAGGUCAGCUUGGGGAAUUUUUUGCAGAAAUGAAAGCAAUAAAAGCACAAAUAAUGAAGAACAAGAGCCCCAACAUCUCAUGCUGCUUUGUCAUGCGUUAUCGUAAGGAACAAUGGGACAUUGUGGAGAGGUGCGAAGGGCCACAGUUCCUUUGCUAUCUCUCAGAGUUUAGAGAAUGGGAUGUUGUCAACAUGCUAAAGAUAUGCUGCACAAAUCUACUCAGAAAUGAUGAGGAUAUACCGGAGCUGGGGAGCCUACAGCGACUCCGGCACCUUGAAAUAGGCGAGCAGUCAUACACAGGGCCAGUAAUUACUUGCAUGUCUGGAAGCUUUCCUUGUGUAAUAAAGUUGGUGCUCCACGAUCUUGUAGUGGCAGAUUGGAAACUGGAGCGAGGAUCCAUGAAAUCUCUAGCACGUCUGACACUUUGCAAGUGCCCCAAUCUGAAACACCUUCCUGAGGGGUUGUUAUGGCUCCCGCGUCUCCGCAAGCUGGACCUCAUCGCCAUGCCUCAAAGUUGCUACCAGGAAGGUACCGUUGCUUGGGAGCUGGAGAAGAGAGGCUGCGAGGUUUUUGUCUCAUCGAACGAGGAAGACUUCAAGCAUCUCGAUGUUACGGAAGACUUCUAAAACAUGAGUAUGCCGGAGGCUAUGGUCCGAUUUGAAGCCAGGGCAAGAUUAGCGCUCAAAAUUUCAUGAAAGCGCUAUAGUGUGAUAUGCAAUACUGUAGCACUUAUAAUCUACCUGUAAUUAAUUACUGUUGGGAUGUGCGGUUUUCAAAAUAAAUUCUGGUAUGGAGUACCAAAGACAUUUGGCUGUGUACCUGUGAUGCUAUCAUAGCAGUAUGUCAGUAUGUGAGUGUGUCAUGUAAUUUACCUAUAUGUUCCAAGAAUAGUCGUCUAAUGCUGAAAUCGAACAUUUGCCCGAA